AAGAAGAAGGAGUAGAGGAAAAUGUUAACUGCUGGGCGAAAAAGAAGAGAAGAUGUGUGGAGUCAUUUUUCUUAUGAUAACAUUGCUACCAAAACUACAUGCCGAGAGUGUGGACUGUCGUUCCGAGGAAAGAACACAACGAAUCUGAAGAGGCAUCUACAGAAUGGCCACUUCGCCAUUUUCUCCGAGUUGCAGAAAACCAUUGCUGAUGGUGGCCAACCAGCUACCAAAAAGGCAAAAAUGUCCAACCAGAACAUUGAGGACGCAUUUACAAGUACUACAAAGUACAAGAGUGAUGCCAAAGAACAACAAAUUAAAGAAGAGGCUAUCGCUACAUGGAUUGGAUGUACAGGAUUGCCGGUCACAACAGUAGAAGAUGAGGAUUUUAUUCUGUUGAUGGAAAGUUUGGAUAAGAAGUUUACUGUGCCAAAGAAAACCAAGAUAAGUAAUCUAAUUGAAAAAUACUAUGAAAACAAAAAAGCUGCAUUUAAGAAAAGACUGUCUAGUGCCAGAAAAGUAUGUAUUGGGACUGAUCUGUGGACUAAAAAGGGACUGACAGCAUCAUUCCUUGGCAUAAGUUGCUGCUUUUUCUGUGUUGAACAACAAAAACCAGAACACUUACUGCUAGCUCUUGAACAACUUGACCAUCUGCACACUGCCCAGUCCAUUAAGGCAUGUGUGGAAAAGUGCAUGCAAGAAUGGGGGAUCCUAAAUGAGAAAGUUCUCACCGUAAUAACAGACAAUGGUAGCAAUAUGGUGGCAGCAUUCAAACAUAGUGCUCCAGAAGAUGAAGAUUCCAGCUCCGAUGAUCCAGAUGCAUCCAUCCGAAGUGAAAGUGAUUCCAAGGAGACAGAAAACCUGCAGUGUCAGGACAUGGGCAUGGACAGGAUGCCAUGUGUCGUCCAUAUGCUGCAGCUUGUUGUCCACAUGAUAAACAAGGAGGAAAGCAUCAACAGAGUCUUGAACAAAGUCCGAUCAAUCGUGAAACUUUUUCGCAAGUCAUCAGUCGCAACACAGAAGAUUUUGGAUGACCAUCUGGCAGAUGUGGAACAAAACACAAGUCGAGAUGUUGCUGCUCUAGCCCGUAAAAUGGAAGGGAAUGUGAACCAGCGUUUUGCCUGGGUACUUGAUCCCUCAGAUGACAAGUUUUCCCCACUUGUAGCAGCUGCUUGCUUUCUCAAUCCUACUGUGUGUCAGACCCUCCUCAAUGUGGCUGAUGAUAACAUUCAGGAGCUGCUCAAGCAGGCAGAAGGGUAUGUUGUUCGGUGCUCUCAGACACAGGAGAACCACUCUGAUCUGGAGGAACUGAAUGGACCUGAACCGGCACCACCCGCCGCCGCCUCCUCUUCAUCAUCUGCCUCCUCCUCCUCCAGACAACCAGUCUUUAGGUUUCUCUCCAAAUUCGGAACAAAGCCUAAACAAAAUCUUCCAAGUGUAGUGUUAGACAGCAGAUAA